UUGGAAGAAGUUUUCAAUACGCAGUAUCGUUGCACCCACAAUUUGGUGCUAAAACUUUUAGUUCUUAACAAAUUCAGGGAAUUGUGCACCAACCUUCUUUGUUGAAACUCGGGGAUGUGGAAUAAGGUAGCUAAUUUGUUUGCCCACAGCAUGUCGUUUGAUGCUCAUAAAUAAGUCUGAUUUAAAAGGCGGUUUGUCUAACUGAUUUUGAUUCCACUCCAGUACAACAAAUCUGGCACUAGCUUAGCGUACUGUGACUUCAUCCUGGGCCUCUGUUCACAAUCAGCCUCUGCUCUACUUUCAAAUAAGCCCAAGCCAACCCACGUAUUUACACCUCACCAAUAAAACUUAGUUAAUUAUUGAUUAGCAUGGUAAUGUAGUAAUCUUAUGGGUGACCUUAAUUAUUACUUUUAGUUAUGGGCUGUGGAUAGAGGGGAGAAAGCAAUAAGAGCCACUCGCUCACUAUCCAAAAUAUGAUCCUAUCCACCACCACACCUCUUGUUCCAUCUCCCAUUAUUAUUAUUACUACUCCAAGCUGCUCAAUUCCUCACAUUCCUAUGAUACUGGGUAGGCAGGGACAUAAAGAGUAUGGCUUCUGCUACACUCUCCAUGGCUGCUGUAGCCAAUUGCAGCACCCCCUUAAAAUCUCUGCAGCCUUCAAGGAAGAGCUCCAAUGAUUUGAGCAGCCUCAAAGCCUCUGAGUUCUUUGGCACUGCAAGUGUUCCUGGCUUGAGGAAGAACUUACAAGUUACAUGGCGGACUGCGGCAGGAUCCUCUGCACAAAAAAGAUCAUUUGUAGUGGAGGCGAAGUUAAAAGUUGCAAUCAAUGGUUUUGGAAGAAUAGGUCGCAAUUUUCUGCGUUGUUGGCAUGGUAGAAAGGACUCACCUUUGGAUGUUAUUGUCAUCAAUGACACUGGAGGUGUUAAGCAAGCUUCACACUUGCUUAAAUAUGAUUCUACUCUUGGAAUCUUCGAGGCAGAUGUCAAGGUAGCAGGAGACGAUGGUAUUUCUGUGGAUGGCAAGGUCAUCAAAGUUGUCUCAGACCGGAACCCUGUAAAUCUCCCUUGGGGGGAGAUGGGGAUAGAUUUGGUGAUAGAGGGUACAGGGGUGUUCGUGGACAAGGAUGGUGCAGGCAAGCACCUUCAGGCCGGAGCGAAGAAGGUUUUGAUCACUGCUCCUGGCAAGGGUGACAUUCCUACCUAUGUGGUGGGUGUGAAUGCCGACUUGUACAAUCCAUCGGAGCCCAUUAUCAGCAAUGCCUCGUGCACUACAAACUGCCUGGCCCCUUUCGUCAAGGUUUUGGAUCAGAAAUUUAGAAUCAUCAAGGGUACCAUGACAACAACUCAUUCCUACACGGGCGACCAAAGGCUUCUGGAUGCGAGCCACAGGGAUCUUCGGCGGGCCAGAGCAGCGGCGUUGAACAUAGUGCCAACAUCAACAGGAGCCGCCAAAGCAGUGGCGCUUGUGCUUCCCAGGCUGAAAGGAAAGUUGAAUGGAAUUGCCCUGCGUGUGCCAACUCCCAAUGUCUCUGUGGUGGAUUUGGUUGUUCAGGUUGAAAAGAAAACAUUUGCAGAGGAGGUGAAUGCAGCAUUUCGGGAGAGCGCAGACAAAGAGAUGAAGGGCAUCCUGGCUGUAUGCGAUGAGCCGCUGGUGUCGGUGGAUUUCAGAUGUUCUGAUGUGUCCUCAACGGUGGAUUCAUCCUUGACAAUGGUGAUGGGCGAUGACAUGGUCAAGGUGGUUGCUUGGUAUGACAAUGAAUGGGGUUAUUCACAGAGGGUAGUUGAUUUGGCUGACGUCGUUGCCAAUAACUGGAAAUGAAAAUCUAUGUAAUUUCGUCUUUCUCAAUUUUCUCAUUGUUUUGUUUUUACUAAGAUGAAUCCAAUUGCUCUCAGACAUUCCAAACGCUUCUCAAUCCUGUACUGCAAAUUUUCCUUUUUAAUAUGCAUUAUUUAAGAUCU